AUAAGAAUUUCAUACAAGUUACAAUGUGAUUUUAUUUUACGUAACUUUUGAAUAUAAUAAAUAACCAGGCCCCAAAUUGAGACAAAAAUGAAUUCCUUGUUCCGAAGAACAUCAUUUUCCAUUUUUAGGAAGUUUACAAGACAAGAACUUAGGUUGAGACCCAUACAUAAUGUGGUCAAUAAUCUGCGCAUUGAAAAACAUUUAACGGCUGCGGUUUCUCCUGUUAAUUUUUCUUAUAAUGUUAUACGAAAUAAAUCCAAAAAGCAGACAGACAUAGAUUCUGAUGAUGAACAAGAAGUGUUUGAUGAAGAUGAUGUGUCAUUAUCAAGAGACUCGAAAGUUGUGAAAUUCAAAACAACAUCACUGAGAACAGAUGUUGUAAUCAAAUCUGCUCUUGGUGUAUCUAGAAAUAAAGUAGAGCAAGUUUUCUAUGAAAGUAAAAUAAGAGUAAAUGGAAAGAAAAUAAUGAAAAAGAGCUAUACGGUAAAAGUAGGCAGUGAAAUAGAUGUAAUAAAAAGUGUGAGUCCCCAAAACCCGGAUCACUUGUAUGUAGCUCGCAUUGAAGUGCUAAAUAUUGUUCCUAAAGAAGAAGACAUAGCAAUCACUGUGCGGAGAUUUAAAAAUUUACUUAUAGAGAAUUAUGAAGAAGAUCCGUACAAACCUUCAAGUGCAAAUAGUGAUUCUUAGUUAUAGAUAAUUUAAAAUAAAUAUAUACAGUAUGA